GUUUGGUUUCGGUUAGACGUCUGAUUUCAACAUGAGCGUCUACCAGCUUCUGAUAUGGAUUUUACUGGAGCAGACGAUGGCAUCUGGAGAAAUUCUGUAUAUCUUUGGUGUUCGAGAACAAAGCGUGGACAUCUCCUGUGAACCAAAACCAGAAAACACUCAGCUAACUGCGUUCCAUCUAUACCGAAAAUCUGAUCAGCGAAAGGAUUUACUGCUUUCUGUAAAUCAGACCGGAGAUAAGAUACACCGGCCAGAUUACAGGAGACGCAUCAGAAUCUCUGGUCGACUGAAUUCCAGCAGAGUGAAUGUUACUCUGUUAGAUCUGAGGAAAGAAGAUACGGGCCUGUAUGUGUGUGAAUUCAGAACAGCAGCUAAAUCUCAACAAGUGCUAAAACCCACAGACGUAAUCCUGCUCGUAAAAGAUGGAGACUGCUCAUGCGUCAGCCACACCUCACUGAUCUACAUCAUCACAGCUGCAGUGGUCCUGCUCCUCUUCGCCCUCUCGUUUCUGUCAGCUGCACAUUAUUUUUAUUUCUUUUCAUUUCAGAGAAAAGCUCAUCCUCAGCCCGUGACUGAAGCUCCCAUCUAUGAGCAAAUGACCACAGCUACCCCAGCGCACAGAUCAGCAGACCAUCACCCAAACCAAACUCACCCAACUGCAAAGGAUCCUGUUUAUGCUGUUCCUCAGAAAAUGGGAAAUGGAGACAGUCCUUAUGCAGUUCCCAGGACGGUGAAGUCUAUUUGCGAAGCACCACAGCAGGAGAGUAGUCCAGAAUCGGUUGUAGAGACUAAUUAAAACCAUGGACCUUUGUAUUAAAAAACUCUUAAUAUGUUUGUUUGUUAGCUGUAAAAUCUCCCCUGUCUGACCUUAUUGAACUAGGUAGGUCUGUAACUGUCCUUAGGAAGCAUAUUGUUUUCUAAUUCUGUAAGACAUGUAAUACAACUUAUUCAUGGGAGCCCUAAUUAGCUGAGAGUCAAUUUAGAAGUGUAAAUGAAGCUAAUUGAUGCGGAUAAAAUGUGCAAUGUUUAAAAGACCAUUAAGAAACAGUAGUUAAGGGGAACUGUGGAAGUUCUGUGCAAGUUCUACAAGGCAGGAGGCAGAGUUUGGAAGACCCAUAAAAUAUGCUAAUAGAACUGCUCAUAUACUCAUUAAGACCUGGAUUAAAACUGUGGAUAAGUGUAUUUAAAGCUUUUUGAAACAGUUUGAUCAGUCAGGCUGAUCAGUAAAUGUCAUUAGUGAAUUUUUGGCUAGAUCUCUCUAGAUCUUCUUUCCCCCUGUGAUCAGGUCAGUAGCUCUGCUCAUCACCAGCAGUGUAUGUAUUGAAAAACUUAUCUGUUAUACUUACCUUAUUUACCUGUAUAUGGGGAUGUGGGGAUGAUUCACACUGUGGGGCAGGCUUCAGGAUCCAUGGCUUAUUCUCCUAAAAAGAGAAAAGGGGUUAAUUGUGUACACUAUGCUAAUGUUAACCAGUAUUGUUAAAGGCCUGUAAACUCAGUGCUACUUUCACCCACCUUAAUGAGUUAGCUCACCUGGGGAAAUAAAAUGAUUUGGUCCAUCUAAAGGGGUUGGGCUAGUCUCAUUAAAAGGGCGGGAAAAGUGACUGUGGGUGGGGCUCUGUUGGACUCACCUGUUGCUGCAGGAGGGCACAGGUAAUGGAGUCAGAGCUGGGAAAAGUGAGUUUUAUGACCUUGUGCUCUGGGCUCUAUACUCACCUGUACUGAUUUUAGUCAGGGAGUAUUCUUUUAUCACAGUUUGAAAGAAUUUUAUUUUAAUAAAUAAAUCACACACAGCUCACUGUUCCCUCUGUCUAAAACACCAUGACAAAACAGCAGUUAAGGGGAACUGUGGAAGUUGAGGUAAGAUCUAGAAGACUAAAAACACUGAGAUAGAACUGCUUGUAUGCUGACAUGAAAGGCAAAGCAGAGGACCUGCUAAAAAAAUCAGUCAGACAGAUGUGAUCAGCACAUCCAAGGUUUUAGAUGUGCAAGAAAGGGUCAUCAGAAGGAAACAUCAUCUGCCAUUUAAUCACAAAAAUAGAUAGAUAAGCAGUAAGUGUAAAGUGAUAUUUACCAUAAGCUUGAUUGUUAAAUUGCACUUAAACUCACUUCAACCAUGUUUUAAGCAUCAUGACACUCAUUAAAUCCAGCACUGCUCCUGACAGGUUUGAGUCACUUCAGUCCGGCAAUGUGAAUGUAGCCAAAGUCACAUGAAGGCAGCAGAUGUGAACAAGGUCCAAGACACAUAAAUUAGCUUUAAGAACUGUGUGCAGGUUGUGCUCUCUGCCUUUGGAGGUGUUCCCAAGUCCUUUUUAAAAAAAAAAAAAAAAAAAAACACUUUAGGGAUAAAAAGUUAUAAUUCAACAAAUUGUGUAAAUUUAUAAAUGUUAUGUUUUAAUUUCAAUUCCUAAAGUUGUUCUGAUGAUGGAGCAUUAUUAUCACAUGCCUGCUGUGUGGAUGUUAAACUAGAACCAGCACAGCUGCUGGAGAUCAAUUUGACUCAUGUGCAGUUAAAUGAUUUGCACUGCUUUCUUUGAGCUUACAUUUCAUUAUUUGUUUACUUUGUUGCAACAAUAAUAAACAAUAUUUAAUGUA